AUGCCGACAGAAUUCAUCAGCCUCACAUUCCCCAACGCAUCUACAGAAAUCAACCCGAUUCCUAAUGCCGCAAUUGAUCCCGAAUACCUUGUCCGAUACGCUCGGUCCUUGGAUGAUUAUGGCUUCAACUACACUCUGGUGCCAUAUGAUUCAUCUUCUUUCGACCCAUUCACAGUCGGUGCGACUAUCGCAGCAGUGACCAAAAACCUCAAAAUCAUCAUAGCGCUUCGGCCCAACACUCUAUACCCAACAGUUGCCGCAAAGGCGCUUGCAACCCUGGACCAGCUGAGUUCGGGGCGAGCUGUCGUGCACUUUAUUGCAGGUGGCAGUGAUGUGGAACAGGCUAGGGAGGGCGACUACCUGGCCAAAGAUCAGCGCUACGCACGCCUUGAGGAGUACAUCCGGAUUUUGCGCCGCGCCUGGGACUCUGCAGAUCCAUUUGACUGGGAUGGACAAUACUAUCAGUUCAAGCAGUUCAGCAACAAAGUCCGUCCGGUCAAUGGCACGAUCCCCGUGUCUGUUGGAGGAUCCUCCGACGAGGCGUAUCGUAUUGGCGGCUCCCUCGCCGAUAUCUUCGGCCUCUGGGGCGAACCGCUUAAGGAGACAAAGCAGCAAAUCGACCGGAUCUAUGCGGAGGCCGCAAAAGCUGGUCGUGCUGAGAAUGAUCGGCCCCGAAUCUGGGUCACCUUCCGUCCUAUUAUUGCCGAAACAGACGAGCUUGCUUGGGCCAAGGCCCACCGAACUCUGGAUACGCUCAAUCAGGCCCGAGCUAAUGGGCAAAGCAGGGUCCCUGCGAACGCCCCGCCUCCUCAAAAUGUUGGCUCCCGGCGGCUGUUGGAAAUUGCUGCCAGGGGGGAGGUUCAGGACCGCGCUCUCUGGUACCCUACCGUUACUGCAACUAAUGCGCGUGGAGCAUCCACGGCGCUCGUCGGAUCGCCGCAGACAAUCAACGACUCCAUACUGGACUAUGUGGAUCUCGGAGCUGAGCUUAUCUCCAUUCGUGGCUAUGAUAACCUGAACGAUGCCAUCGACUAUGGACGUUACGUCUUGCCUAGUGUACGGAAGGUGCUUCAGGAGCGGGAAACCUCGGGAAAAGCACUCUGA